GGAAGGGAGGAGAGGGGAAGAGACCCCGCCAUUUAGUCUCAACGUCUUGAAUUCUCUUCUUUCUGACUAUCACUCCACGGGAAAUGUUUUAUACUUGUCUCUACCUGGUUGCAAAUUUAUUAUCCUAUGAAACGAUUCGAGGGCAGUCUACGUUUCACCUUAGUAAACGAGUUGUCGAGCUUCUUCUUCUUCGUCGUCUUGCUCAAGUCUACUGUUCUGAGGGAACGGUGGUAGAAACUAUUAAUAGAAUUAGUAUUCUCAAUGGCAGCCCUGUCACUCGAGAGAAAACAGACCCUGGACAGAGAAGUCGCUGGGUUUAUGGGGAAGACUGUACCUAGUAUAUCGUACUGAGGACAGUGAACACGCCAGAGAGC